CACCUUCAGCGGCAUGAAAGCAUACGUCUGCCUCACAUCCGUCUUCCCCGCAAUAGCUGACAUGGGGUAGAUUACAACCUCAAGCCAUUCCAUUGUGACCAAUGUCGCUACUCAUGCCGUCGGAGGGAUCUAUUAAAUCGCCACAUCAAACUUGCCCAUACGAACAAGGACUCUCCGGAUAAUGACGGAAAUCCAGCGCCAUCUACAGACGAUAAACAGGGCCCUUCGUAUGACCGCAGGGCGUCUCCUGGUAAUUUAAGCCUCUCACCAGAGCCCCAGAGCGCUAGAGUGGGCCCUGGAAGUGCCUCAGGUCACGAUGCAAGUAUUGUAGGAGAUGCACUCGCAACCCCCCCUGUCUUCAGCCAGCCAGGGUUGAAACCGAUAUCACCGUAUCUUAAUGCAGUAGGACCGGUUUUCAUGAACCCCGAGAGCAAUACUCAACCGUUUGGGCUGAAUUACCUGGACAGCGUUUGCUUGCCCCCAUUCUUUGAGCAACAGCCCUUCUACCCAGAGCUUUCUAUUAUAGAUCCCCCGUCUAUAUCGCCUACUACAGCAACCAGGCAGCCAAUCGGUCAGGACCAGAUUUAUUUGAAUGUCGAGUUGCCGGCCGGAGAAACCCGUCCCAAGUCGCAGCUUGGCUCGUUUCCGGAUCCAGGCCGCUCCCAUGUCCAUCUGGCACCAUUUAUCCGGGUGUCUCAAGAGGAUUGGGAGUGGCUUAAUGCUCAGAUUUCGCGGUUUUCUUCGAUUCAGUUGAUAGCCCCUGAACUACCUUCCAGACAUGCCAUCUCUCGCUAUAUGCACGGGUUCGUGAAUGGCUUUCACCCCCAUUUCCCGAUUCUUCAUCCGCAAACUCUUCGGUUCAGGGAGAUGGCACCUGAACUGGUCUUGGCCCUUGCGGCUGUCGGUAGUCACUACUGCUUGGAAUCACAUCAAGGUCUAAAGCUGUUUCAUCUUGCUAGGGUAAUUGCUCUUGAGCAGAUCCAACAGCGGGAAAACGAUAAGGAAACCGCCGCUCAACCCCCGUCCGAUUCACUCCAGUGCUUGACAAACACGCCCCAUUCGACAUCUGAGUCGGACCGAGAUGAUCGUCAUGACCUGACGACUGACAAGGGACUAGAAAGUAGUCAAGAUAAUCACGCGCUCACAGAGUCCAUACAGACGUUGUUCUUUCUCAUGGCUAUGGCGACCUGGGCCGGGGAACAUCGUUCUCUAGUACGACAUGCCAUAGCCACACAGAGUGUGCUAGCAAUGUUAGUGCGCCAGCAUGGCCUUUCUGAGUCCCCUGUGGUACCCAUGACAUGGCAAGAGUGGGCUCGAGCUGAGAGCGCCCGACGCACCAAGCUCAUCAUAUUCUGCUUCUUUGAUCUUCAUACAAUAACAUUCAAUCUGCCUUCACCACUCAUGGUUGCAGACAUUAAGCUCAGACUUCCGUGUUCGGAGAUGGAGUGGAAAGCCCCGGAUUCUGAUAGUUGGCUAGCAAUGAACGAGCGGUCGAAUCGCCCACCCUUUUUCAACGACUGUAUCGCUGCGUUGAUCCAGGAUGCCGAUGCUAUACCUGCGUGUUCGUCACUCGGGGCGCACGUUUUGAUCCAUGCUUUGCUUCAACGGAUCAUUUCUAUCCAACACUCCAUGCAACUACAGGGCAUGGAAAACCAAAUGAUUCCCGGGAUGUCUGCUUCAUUACGGCGAGCUCUGCGCAAAUGGCAAAGUGCGUGGGAACAGAAUCCAGAAUCUUCAUACAGCCCGCUAGAUAAGCAUGGUCCAAUUGCGUUCAACUCAACUGCCCUCUUCCAUAUGGCACACAUUAGGUUGGCGCUUGAUAUUGGCCCAGCUCGUUCCCUCCUGGAGCAAAAUCAUACCCAGAUUGCCAAGCGAUUGCAUGAGCAACCGACACUACAGAGGGGUUCUUUACUUCUGACAGCUGCAAGACAUGCUACUGCAGCCCUAUGCUCACCGGUACAAAUGGGCGUCCACUUCGUCGGCCGCGCGCCCAGCUGGUCAGUCAUGCACGCUGUAUGCUCACUAGAAUACGCCUACGUCCUCAACCAAUUCAUCCAAGCCACGGCAUACACAAGCCUAGAAUAUCCUCUCGAAGCAGAUGAACAAAACCUCCUCAUGACGAUAAAAGAAACGCUGCGUGAGGUGGAAUCAUCAAGUCCAAAAGGGAAUCCUAAAAUCAUCGAUAGAGCGCCGCAGUUGCUUGGGGCGAAGGUAGUGAGGGCUUGGGCGAUGAUUCUUGAGGGUAUGCGGACGUGGAAUGCUGUUGAUUUAAUUAGUAGGGCUUUGUUUGUGUAUGCGGAUCUUCUUGAGCCGAGAGGUUUCGGUGGGCAGGUUGGAGAUGGUACAUAGCCUGGUUGAUUUAUCCCUGGCACCGUCACGACCAGGAACGGCGACUAUGGCCCAAUCCUGAGCAACAGAAACGAACUGGACAGUCAGAGUACGAUGCACAUAACCUGCAACACAGUGUUUUUCCCUUGAUGGAGCAAGUGCACUUUUUCAACAGUGACAGAUACUCAUAUAAUAGAAAUUCUGCCCCAAGGAAUGAGAAACGAAUGAUAUCUACGAGCAAAUGCACUUUU